CCAGUUCAAUUAAUUAAUUAACUGAUAAUAUCCCCAAAAAAAUAUAAAAAGUUUACAGAUUGAAUCCUCAUUUUUUUAAAUUUGCAAAUAUCUGAUGGCUUUGCUAUUCCUUAGUCCUAUUCCGUAUAUUUAAUUAAUUAUUUAAAAGACAAAACGAAAGGCAAAGAAAAGUCCAAAGGCUACACCUUUGAGCAGUGAACAGAGAAGCAGGCGAAGACUGAUUGGCUGAUCUCUCGUAUCUUAAGAAUUCAGACAACCCUAUUGCCGAAGACUUUGACUCAUUCUCAGUCAACUCUUGUCAGAUUCUUGCAUUUGCUACUCCCCUUGUUAUCAUUUUCUGUUUGCUCAUCGAACGAGAGAGUGAAAUCGAUCAUCCAAUGGAUUGCACAUCUCUUGUGGGCGUAGCUGCGAUCUUAUGCGAAUAUCUGUUUCAAAGAACAAGGCAAACGAGUAAUCUCAGUCAAGAAAUCUCCGAGCUUGAAACGUAUAUCAAUGACUUGAAGGCCAUAAGAGAUGACCUGGUUAAACAGAUCGAGCAAGACGAGGUUCAAGGACGGACCAGCACCCACAGAGCCAGAGAGUAACAGAACUCUGUCCAAGCCGCUGAGACAGAAACUAAAACGAUUUUGGGUCAUUAUGAACGACAAAGGCAGAGGACGAGGAGGAGAAUGAGGAGAUACCUCUGUUGUUUAAGGGCAUGUUGCUGUGGGGAUUACAAGCUGAGCAAGAAGGUUUCGGUCAUGCUGAAGAACAUCGGUGAGCUAAAAGAAAGAGCCGGCGAUAUCAAAACUGAUGGUGGGGUGAAUCACGAGCAUUGCAAGGAGAUACCCAUCAGGCCGGCGAUCGGGAUUACAGGAAUGAUGGAUCAGAUCUGGGAGUUUCUUGCCGAGGAAGAAACGGGUAUCGUCGGGAUCUAUGGACCUGGUGGCAUUGGAAAGACAACACUCCUUCAGAACAUCAACAAUGAACUGAUCACGAAAUCUCACGAGUAUGAUGUAGUGAUUUGGGUUACGGUAGCAAGAGAGUUUGCCUUUUGUACAAUUCAGCAUGCCGUCGGAACAAGGUUGGGCUUGUCAUGGGAAGAGAGGGAAAGUGGCGAGCAGAGAGCUCUGAGAAUUUACAGGGCGAUGAAACAGAAGCAGUUCCUGUUGCUGCUUGAUGAUGUCUGGGAAGAGAUUGACUUUGAGAAGGUCGGAAUCCCACGGCCUAACAAGGGAAACAAAUGCAAGGUUAUAUUCACGACUCGUUCCACUUCUGUCUGCAGCGCAAUGGGCGUGCAACGAAGAUUGAAGAUUGAGUUUCUGGGAAAGGAAUAUGCAUGGCAGCUCUUCUGCGAUAAGAUCGGGAGAAUAGACCUUUUGGAGUCACCACCAAUUCGCCCACUCUCCGAAACCAUAUUAAGAAAAUGUGGAGGGCUGCCACUUGCAUUGAUCAAUGUUGGCCGGACCAUGGCCCAUAGAGAAACCGAGGAAGAAUGGAUUCACGUGACUGAAGUUCUCGAUAGAUCUCCAGCUGAGGUACGAGGCAUGGAAGAAGUCUUUGCCCUUUUGAAGUUCAGCUACGACAAUCUUGAGAGUGAUCUGUUGCGAGCUUGUUUCCUGUAUUGUGCUUUAUUUCCGGAAGAAUACUCUGUAGAGAUAGAGAAGCUUGUAGAGUACUGGGUCGGCGAGGAGUUUCUCACCAGCUCCCGUGGCAUUAACGCCAUUUAUAAGGGCUAUGCUCUGAUUGGAGAUUUGAAAGCCGCAUGCUUGUUGGAGACUGGGGAUGAGAGAACACAGGUGAAGAUGCAUAAUGUCCUCAGAAGCUUUGCGCUGUGGAUGGCAACUGAACAAGGUGCUGAGAAGGAGAUGAUUUUAGUUGAACCGAACAUGGGACUCACUGAAGCUCCCGGAGCAGAAAACUGGCGACCAGCAUUGGUGAUUUCAUUGAUGGAUAACAGAAUCUAUAGAUUGCCCGACAAACCCGUCUGUCCGAAUCUGACAACAUUGAUGCUCCAACGCAACAGCAACUUGAAGGACCUUCCGAAAUUUUUCACGCACAUGCCUGUUCUUAGAGUCUUGGACUUGUCCUUCACCAGUCUGACCGAGAUUCCACCAUCCAUUGAGUAUCUGAUCGAGUUGAACCAUCUUGCUCUGUCAGGAACAAAGAUAAGUGCAUUACCCAGAGAGGUCGGAAAUCUCAAAAAGCUGAAGCAUCUGGACCUGCAAAGAACUCAGCUUCUUCAAACGAUCCCACGAGAUGCCAUCUGUAGGUUGAGCAAGCUCGAGGUUCUUAACUUGUACUAUAGUUAUGCAGGUUGGGAAAUGCAGGCCUUUGAACCAUCAGAUGAAGAAGAACUCCGGUUUUCACACUUGGAACACCUGAAAAAUCUCACCACGCUUGGUAUUACUGUUCUAUCACAGGAGACCCUGAACAUGCUCCAAGAGUUUACCGUCUUACACAAGCACAUACAGUAUCUUCAUAUCGAACAGUGCCAUGGCCCGUCCCUGUUAAAUCUUCCAUCCGAACUUGGCAGGAGGCUGAGAAGACUAAGUAUCAAAAGUUGCCAUGACUUGGAACACCUGGCCGUGUCCACAGAGGCUGAAAGUACCAGCAUUGACUGGCUGCCAAAUCUUGAGGUUCUGACCUUACACAGCCUCCGUAACUUGACAAGGGUCUGGGAGAAUCCAGUAAGCCAGGAGUGCCUACGAAGUGUCAGAUGCAUUAACAUUUCGCGUUGCCCCAAGCUGAAGAAGGUCUCAUGGCUUCUUCAACUUCCCAAGCUAGAGGUGGUUGACUUGUUCGACUGCAGAGAGCUAGAAGAACUGAUAAGCGAACAAGAAAGGUACUCUGCUGAAGAUCCAGCCUCGUUCCCCAGCCUGAAGACUUUAUCAUUGAGGAAUCUCCCGGAACUGAGAAGCAUCCUUCCAUCUCAAUUUUUGCUUCCAAAUCUGGAGACUUUAGCUAUUUCAGAUUGCCCCAAGAUGAAGGAACUGCCAUUUCUAGGGAAGAUGCAAAAGAAGGUGCCAACAGUUUACGGAAACAAAGAAUGGUGGGAUGCACUGGAAUGGGACGAACUUCACCAACCUGACAUAAAGCUUCUAUGUCUCCCAUGAUUCCAAACCAAACUGAUGGGACAUUAUAGAAACAGUCAUGUACACACAAUAUCUGGUCGUUAUACACCACCCUCGAAAAUGAAUGGAAGAAAAACAAAGUGCUCAACUUAAGCA